AACAUCAUUCAAAACAUUUUAAAUAUAUCAAAUAUUAUUUAUCUUUGGUUGGUAAAGAGUGUCCGUUCUGUGGAUAGUGUUCUUUGAUUAACACAAUUGUAAUAAAUUGCUUUCGUGCUGUACACAUCGGAGUUGGAUUAAAUUUAAUUGGUAGAUUGUGUUUGAGACUAAAGUGUUAAAAUGUCGGAAUCUGAAGCAAGUAAUGCAUCCGAUAGUGGUUCCGAAGAUGGAUCACUUGGUUCGAACAAGUCGCAACGCAGUGCUCGAUCGCGGUCAAGAUCUAGGGAAUUCAUGUCGCGUUCAUCCUCACGGUCAAGAUCUGCAUCCGGAUCUAAGUCGCCAAGUCGAUCUCGUUCGCAAUCUGUUGGUUCUGAAUCGGAUCGCUCCAUAAGUCCUCAACAGAGGAAGAGUUCUAAACGGGAUGAGUAUGAUGACGAUAAUGAAGAUGAGUUAGAUUCUGAAGAAUACGAUGAAGAAGAUGACGAUAGACCAAGAAAAAAGAAAAAAAAUGAGCGUUUUGGAGGUUUUAUUAUCGACGAAGCUGAAGUGGACGAUGAGGUUGACGAAGAUGAAGAGUGGGAAGAAGGUGCAAACGAACUUGGCAUUGUUGGAAACGAAAUAGAUGAAUUGGGUCCAACAGCUCGUGAUAUUGAAAUACGUCGUCGUGGAACAAAUUUGUGGGACACACAAAAGGAAGAUGAAAUAGAAGAAUACUUACGUAAGAAAUAUGCUGAUGAAUCUGUAGCAAAAAGACAUUUUGGUGAUGGAGGAGAGGAAAUGUCUGAUGAAAUUACUCAGCAGACUCUUCUACCAGGAAUCAAGGAUCCAAACUUAUGGAUGGUUAAAUGUAGAAUAGGCGAAGAAAAAGCAACGGCACUUUUAUUAAUGCGGAAAUUCUUGACCUAUCUUAAUACUGAUAACCCAAUACAAAUAAAAUCGGUUGUAGCCCCUGAAGGUGUUAAGGGAUAUAUUUAUAUUGAAUCUUAUAAACAAACACAUGUUAAAACAGCAAUAGAAAAUGUUGGUAACUUACGUAUGGGAAAAUGGAAACAGGAAAUGGUUCCAAUUAAGGAAAUGACUGAUGUCUUGAAAGUAAUAAAGGAGCAAGUUGGUCUUAAAGUGAAGCAAUGGGUUCGUCUUAAACGUGGUUUGUAUAAAGACGAUAUAGCACAAGUCGAUUAUGUUGAUUUGGGGCAAAACCAAGUACAUUUAAAAUUACUUCCGAGAAUUGAUUACACUCGAAUGAGAGGGGCAUUGAGAACCACAAGCUCUGAUGCAGAUGAUUCAAAGCGUAAGAAGAAGCGUCGUCCACCAGCUAAACCAUUCGAUCCGGAAGCAGUUAGAGCGAUUGGUGGAGAAGUACAUUCUGAUGGUGAUUUUCUUCUUUUUGAAGGAAACCGAUAUUCGCGAAAAGGUUUUCUAUAUAAAAACUUUACAAUGUCUGCAAUUUUGGCAGAUGGUGUAAAACCUUCUUUGGCAGAGCUUGAACGUUUUGAAGAACAACCUGAAGAUGUAAACUUGGAAAUUGUUUCUUCGGUAAAGGAUGAUCCCUCUUCUACACACUCAUUUUCCAUGGGAGAUAAUGUGGAAGUUUGCAUCGGCGAUUUGGAAAAUCUUCAGGCGAAAAUAAUUGCUAUUGAUGGUGGCAUGAUAACGGUUUUACCCAAACAUCAGGACUUAAAAGAUCCUCUUAUAUUUAAAGCUAGUGAACUUCGUAAAUACUUUAAAACAGGUGAUCACGCCAGGGUGUUGGCUGGUCGCUAUGAAGGUGAGACAGGUUUAAUUAUACGUGUUGAGCCUUCUCGCGUCGUUCUUGUAUCGGACUUAACAAAUCAUGAACUGGAAGUACUUCCAAGAGAUUUGCAACUUUGUACAGAUGUUGCAACAGGCGUUGAUUGCUUAGGACAAUUCCAGUGGGGCGACUUAGUACAAUUAGAUCCCCAAAAUGUUGGAGUCAUAGUGCGUCUAGAACGAGAAAAUUUCCAUGUACUUGGUAUGCAUGGAAAAGUAAUUGAAUGUAAACCAACAGCUUUGCAUAAACGUAGAGAAAAUAGAAACACAAUUGCUCUCGAUGCAGAUCAAAAUCAAAUACGUCGACGUGACAUUGUUAAGGUUAUGGAAGGUCCACAUGCUGGACGUUCUGGUGAAAUUAAACAUUUAUAUCGCAGUUUAGCUUUCUUGCAUUGUCGCAUGUAUACCGAAAAUGGCGGUAUAUUUGUUUGCAAAACACGGCACUUGCAAUUAGCUGGUGGUAGUAAAUCUCAAUCUUAUAAUAUUGGUGGGCUUAAUGGUCUAGGCUUCAUGUCUCCUCGUAUACAGUCUCCUAUGCAUCCAUCCGGUGGACGAGGAGGACGUGGCGGAGGCCGCGGACGUGGUGGAUUCCGUGUUACACGUGAUAGAGAAAUACUGGGAAAAACUAUAAAAAUAAGUGUUGGACCAUAUAAAGGUGCAGUCGGUAUUGUCAAGGACGCAACAGAAAGUACUGCUCGAGUAGAAUUACACACUUCAUGUCAAACAAUAUCUGUUGAUAGGAAUCACAUUUCAAUUGUUGGUGCACCUGGAAAAGAAGGAAAUGUUUCAACAUAUGGCAGAACUCCUUCACGUACUCCAGGAUAUGGUUCACAAACACCAGUUUAUGCAGCUAUGGGAUCUAAAACUCCACUUCUUGGAAAUCAAACACCUAAUUGGGAUGCAGAAAGUCGCACUCCAUAUACUAGUGCAAUGACUCCAUUACAUGAAGGCAGUAUGACACCACGUCAUGGUGCUUGGGAUCCAAAUGUAACAAAUACACCAGCACGUAGCAAUGAUUUCGAUUAUAAUAUAGAAGAUCCAAGCCCAAGUCCUGGUUAUAAUCCUAGUACACCAGGAUAUCAAGUAAAUACACCGUUUGCGCCACAAACACCCGGAACAUUGUAUGGUUCUGAACGUAGCUAUAGUCCAUUUAAUCCGAGUCCAAGUCCAACUCCUUCACCAUAUCCAGUUAAUUACAUGAACACUCCAUCACCUUCUACUUACUCUCCUAAUACUCCUGGAGCGGCUCCUCAAUCGCCAUUUAAUCCACAAACUCCAGGGGCUAGCUUAGAUUCCCCUAUAGGAGAUUGGUGUACUACAGAUAUUGAAGUCAAAAUUCAUAAACAUGAUGAUAUCGAUUUAGUUGGACAAACUGGCAUAAUACGAACCGUCUCUAAUGGUGUUUGUUCCGUAUUUUUGAGACAGGAAGAUCGUAGCGUGUCUAUUGUAAGUGAACAUUUAAUGCCAGUACCACCAGAAGUUGGUGAUGAAUUUAAGAUUAUCUAUGGUGAAGGAAGAGAAUCGAUUGGAAGGGUUAUGUCACAGGAUGAGAAAACUACAAGUAUAUGCAAAAUUAAUGGCGAAUGUAAGAUGUUAUCUACAUCUUUACUCUGCAAGAUGAAAUCAAUUGAGUAGAUAAAAUACUUUUUAAAAGCAACGGAUAUAUGUUAGGAUGACAUUAAAAAUAAAAGUACUUCUUUUUAUUUUGAAAUAAUAACUCAUAUUUGUAGUAAAAAUGAGUACAACAAUUUUUGAAACAACUUGUCGUUUAUGAUUGAUUAGAUGUGUGCAUAUUUACAAUUUAUUUGUAAUAACAAUAUGACUUAUAUUCAAUAGAGAAAAUUUAUGUCUCAGUUAUGGACAUUGAAAUUUCUUAUUAUAUACACAAUAAAA